UUUUUGCACAAUCUUACGAAACGAAGAUCGAUGAGUAGUCGUCAUGGGGCCUCUCGAGGUAACGCCGCCUCAAGCGGCCUCGUUCUCAUCCCCUUCGUCGUGCUUCUAUUUUUAUCUUUCUCUUCGGUUUUGUCUAAGGCACAAGCCAAUUUAAUCACGCGUCGCGAACUCCAUAAAAGUGGAGAGUUACCCGACGACUAUGAAUGUAAGGUCAACCUAACAUUUUCUUUCCCAAAUCCGAGAUUGAGACGAGCCUACAUUGCCCUCGACGCGUGGAAGCAUGCCAUAUAUUCAGACCCGACGAAAUUCACAAGCAAUUGGAAAGGGCCCAAUGUGUGUGAAUACAACGGUGUCUAUUGUGCACCGGCACUAGACGAUCCCAAUCUCGACGUGGUUGCGGGUGUGGAUCUAAACGGUGCCGAUAUUGCGGGGUACUUACCUAUUGAGUUGGGACUCUUAACCGACAUUGCCCUUUUUCAUAUAAACUCGAACCGAUUUUGUGGGAUUAUCCCUAAAAGCUUCUCGAAGCUCGCGAUUUUGCACGAGUUUGAUGUAAGCAAUAAUCGUUUCGUUGGUCCUUUCCCAAUGGUUGUACUCUCCAUGCCAAGCCUUAAGUUUUUGGAUCUUAGAUACAAUAACUUCGAAGGAAAGUUGCCAAAUGAGUUGUUUAACAAAGAUCUUGAUGGCUUGUUCUUGAAUGACAAUAGAUUCAGCUCAUACAUCCCCGAAAAUAUGGGUAAUUCUCCCGCCUCGGUGGUGGUCUUAUCCAAUAAUAAUUUUAAGGGUUGCAUACCGAAUAGCAUUGGGAAAAUGGGAAAUACACUUAAUGAGAUAUUGUUUACAAACAACAAGCUCGGCGGUUGUGUACCCUCCGAGAUUGGUUUGCUAGGAAAUACGACUAUUUUGGACAUUUCAUCGAAUGGGUUUGAGGGGAUCUUACCCGAGACAUUUAGCAAUUUGAAAUCGAUUGAACAAUUGGACUUGUCUGAAAAUAAGUUGACAGGUUCACUUGGGGAUAAUAUUUGUAAAAUUUCGAGUUUGAUUAGUCUCACGUUUUCGAAAAAUUACUUCAAUAGUGCAGCGGGGUCGUGUGAUCCUGGGUUAAGGAAUGAUUUGGAGAUUGAUGAUGAGAUUAAUUGUAUAGUUGGUCGUUCCAAGCAAAGGUCUAAUGAGACUUGCAAUAUGGUUGUGGGAAAAAAUGUUGAUUGUAGUAAGGCUAAAUGUGGUGGCGGCGGCGGUUCUCAUUCAAAUGACACACCAUCACCGGUUCAGUCCCCGCCACCACCGGUCAAUUCUCCUCCACCACCGGUUCAGUCCCCGCCACCACCGGUCAAUUCUCCUCCACCACCGGUUCAGUCCCCUCCACCACCGGUUCAAUCUCCUCCACCACCGGUCUAUUCUCCUCCACCACCGGUCAAUUCCCCUCCACCACCGGUUCAGUCCCCACCACCGCCAGUUCCGGCCACACCCACUCAAUCUCCACCUCCUAACACACCACCUGUUGCCGGACCAAAACCUCAUCAUAGGUCUCCUCCUCCACAUGUCCAAUCACCACCACCAAUGCAGUCUCCUCCACCACCGGUUCAUUCCCCGCCACCACCGGUCAAUUCUCCACCACCACCGGUUCAGUCCCCACCCACUCAAUCUCCAUCUCCUAAGACACCACCUGUUGCCGGACCAAAACCUCAUCAUAGGUCCCCUACUCCACAUGCCCAAUCACCACCACCAAUUCAGUCGCCACCACCACCGGUCAAUUCUCCUCCUCCACCAGUUCAGUCCCCACCACCACCGGUCCAUUCCCCACCUCCGCCGGUCUAUUCUCCUCCACCACCGGUUCAUUCCCCACCACCACCAGUUCAUUCCCCACCACCGCCGGUUCAGUCUCCUCCACCGCCAUCUCCCGCAACACCCCAAUCUCCUCCUCAAUUUCAAUCCCCACCUCCGCCAGUUGCCAGGCCAAAACCCCCACCUCCACCAGUCCAAUCUCCUCCUCCAUCACCGGCAAAGCCUUCUCAUGACUCAUCAACACCUACCCACUCCCCACCACCGCCAAAACAAUCUUCACCUCCCCCUUCUCCGACAGUUUCUCCACCACCAACAUCCGAUGAUGAUGUCUAUAUUCCACCAAUCCUAGGAUACCGAUAUGCCUCGCCGCCUCCACCACAAUUCCCAGGUUACUAAACCACACAUU